CCUUGGAAACCUUGGAAAUCAUGGUGGUUGGAUGUCUGCUUGCCAAAUCGUUACAAUACCUUCAUUAAAUGAACUUGGAAUAUUCAUACAAGAUGGAUGUCAGUCGAAUAUAGGUAGCCUUAUUGAAAACUUCACCGAAUAUCCUAAUAUAUGGGUAUACGUUCGCUAUCUUCAAACUGGCCAAAUUGAGAGAAAACACAUAAAGGAUAUACGAAUGCUCGGUGGGCUCCGUAUUGGAGUUUCGAUAUCUAUUCGUAGCACAUUAAGAGAUGGCUCAAAUGCAUGGAGUGGUAACCUUUCGCUCAUGGAGCACAAAGCCUAUGCUGGUGGACUUUAUGCUGUAACGGCUAUAAAUGCCGGCGAAGAGGAUAAUAAUAUUGUAUUUAUGACGAUACCGCCAGUUGGCUUUGAUGAUUUUGUGAUACAGACCGAUCAACACGAAGAUUUAAAAGACUUACAGGAGUUUGAAUAUAGUCUUCUAGGGCCUUCAACAGUGUUUACGCAAAAGCCUAAACUUGGAGAGAAAAUUCAGAUUUAUGUAGAUGGGUUAUGGCAUGAUGUCAAAGUUACCAAAGUCUGCGAUAAAGAUGUGGAAUAUGUGAAUUGGUCUUCAGAAGACGUCAUUCCUGCGGAAGAUACCGAAAAUGAAGAUUCAGAGGAUAUACUUGGUUUCACGGAGGAUGCGCUAAUCGGAUUAGAAAAAGGUAAUAAAAGAACCUGGUGCCCGUGGGAAGAAGAAAUAAAUACAUGGGACAUUAGACCUUAUCGUUGUCUCCAUAUUGGUGAUCUUGUUGAAGCACCUGUGGUAUAUCCAGAUUAUAAUUAUUGUUAUCAUAGCCUUGAGGAGUCGCAAUUAUAUCUUCUGGCCCGUAUUAUUGAAGUUGAAGAAGAUCGAUAUCUAGUUGAGUUCAAUCCUGCCGUCAUUGCUUACAAAUGGUGGCCUGGCCGUUCUUCAAAUCCAGACAAGUUUCCGCGUAAACGAGGGGAUAAGGAAACUGUCGAAAAUCGGUUUAGGGGUACGAAAGUCUGGGUGAGUAUGGAUCGAGUUCGUCCUUACCUUGGAGCUGACCCGCACCCCGUUUUGGGUAUAUCGUCGAUGAGACCGCAUAGUUGGUCAGCAUUUCAAGGAGUUCAGUUCGCGGACCUACAACAAUUUAGCGAAGAUUUCUUGUGGAAGCAAUAA